AUGAACUUUAUUGUUGUCCGCAAGCCCACUAGCAGACCUACGUUCGGGAGCCCGGACCGGGAGGCUAUUGCUGUGACUAUCACUGGUAUUAUCAUUAUUCUAUCAUGCACAAGAACAGGAAGACCUGAAAUGACAGACCCGAUGGAACACAGCCUGAUAGUUUCCCCAGAGCUGGAAGUAAUUUCUUUGUCUCUUGGGACCAUAGUCUCGUGGACUCAUUCCAAGCAAAAAUUAAACAAUGUAACUGAAUUCAUUUUCUGGAGUCUUUCUCAGAACACAGAGGUGGAAGAAGUUUGCUUCAUGGUAUUUUCGUUCUUCUACAUGGUCAUUCUCCUGGGAAACUUCCUUAUCAUGCUGACAGUUUGCCAUAGAAACCUGUUUAAGAUGCCUAUGUACUUCUUCCUCAACUUUUUGUCUUUUGCGGAUAUUUGCUACUCUUCAGUCACAGCACCCAAGAUGAUCACUGACUUAUUAGCAGAGAACAAGACUAUCUCCUAUGAGGGGUGCAUGUUGCAACUCUUUAGGGUACAUUUCUUCGGUGACACCAAGAUCUUCAUCCUCGCUGUCAUGGCCUAUGAUCACUAUGUAGCUAUUUGUAAACCCCUACACUACCUAAGCAUCAUGGACCAGGAGACAUGCGAUAAACUGUUGCUGGGAACAUGGCUGGAUAGUUUCAUACACUCCAUUAUCCAAGUGGCUCUUGUGUUUCAAUUCCACUUCUGGGGCCCCAGAGAGAUUGAUCACUACUUUUGUGAUGCUCACCCUGUGUUGAAACUCACCUGCACAGACACCUACCUUGUCAGUGUCUUGGUGACUGCCAACAGCAGAACUAUCCCCCUGGGGAGUUUCAUCAUCUUGCUCAUCUCCUACACUGUCAUCCUGGUGUCUCCCUGGAAGCAGUCUGUCAAAGGCAUACUCAAAGCCCUCUCCACCUGUGGUACCCACAUUGCUGUGGCCAUCAUCUUCUUCAGUCCCUGUACUUUUAUGUACAUGCGGCCCGACACAACCUUCUCUGAGGACAAGAUGGUGGCUGUGUUCUACACCAUUAUCAUGCCCAUGUUAAAUCCUCUGAUUUAUACCUUGAGAAAUGCAGAAGUAAAGAACGCAAGGAAGAAACUGUGGAGCAGGAAGGUUUUCUGGGAGGCCAAUAGCAAAUAG